AUGAUAAAAUUUUUCAAAGGCAAACCAAUAUUAUUAAAUGCAAAUUGUGCUGAUAGUGAAUAUGAACCAUUCAUUUCUGUAAUGGGGUGUUCAGUAGAAACAAAUUUUGGGAAGGACUUGAAAGCAAAUCCUUUUGUUUAUGACUUUUCAAAACAUAAAAUCCAUAAAUAUUCUGAUUUUGAGAAAGAUUUAAACGAAUUAGUCGAAAUAUUUCCAUUAAUUACGAAGGAAGGACUCAAACAAUUAUUGUUGGCAACAGGAGGCGUUAAAGAACUUGUUUCGAUAAGAUUAAAUGAUAUUUUUCGUAAAAUAAAAUAA